AUGAGGGCGGCGCCCUUCAGUGCCGACGGGAGCGGGGCGGGGACCAUAGAGGCGCUGCUUUGGCCGGACGGGAAGGGCGGCGGCGGACGGGACCUGCUGGUGGAGCCGACGUCGGUGCUCGACUGCAGACGGAGCCCGAGCCCGCCGCACUCGACAUCGACGCUGUCUUCGUCCCUGUGCGGCGCCGCGGGGGACUCCUCUUCCGGCGUGGCAGCGGAUUCGGAGAACAGUGCCGCCGCCGCCGAAGCCACCAAAUGGGCGGCGCCAGGCGAGCACGGCGGCGGCGGCGGCGGUGGAGGCGGGAGGAAGGAGGAGUGGUCCGGUGGUGAGCUGCCACCCAUACCGGGGACCCUGGACGUCGGGUUCAUCGGGGAGGAGGGCUGGGACGCCAUGCUCAGCGACGCCGCGGCGGUGGCCGGCCAGGACCAGACAUUCCUCAACUGGAUCAUGACCGCGCCGGGCGACAUGGAGCCGCCGGCGCCGGCGCUCCUCGGCAAUGCCGCCGGCUUUGGGUUCCCGACCUCGGACCCGCUCGGGUUCUCCCUGCAGCAUCACCCAGGCGGUAGCGGCGGCGCCUCGGCCGGGGCGCUGGCCUCCGACCUGUCGUCCCCCGGCGCGAGGUCGCUCACCAGCGGCAGCGGCGGCAGCAGCAGCAAGGCCACUUCCACUUUCGGCCUCCUACCAACCGAGGCGGUGCUUCAGCCGCCGCCGCUGGCCACGACCAUGCCUUUCCACGACGGUGGCGACAUAAAGCCCCGCUUCUUGGAGUCCCGUCGGCAAGUCUACUCUCAAUCAACAACAGACGCUGCCGGCGGCCUCCUUCUUCAUGCCGCUCCACACCUUUCCCGACCAUCAGCACCAGCCACAUCUCCCGCCCCCGCCGAAGCGCCACCACUCUAUGCCCGACAACCUGUUCCUCCUCCAAAACCAGCUCCACCCGCCGCCGCCGCAGGGUCUACCAUUCCCACCACUGCAUACCACCGGGCCCUUCCAGCUCCAGCCAUCGCUGCAACCGCCGCGGGGAGCGAUGAAAACAACCCCGCGCCGCAGCAACAUCAACAGCUUCUGGACGAGCUUGCUGCCGCGGCAAAGGCGGCUGAGGAGGCCCUCCUCCUCGCGCUCACCGACGGCCACCAAGGCUCCACUCGCCUAACCUCCCCGCUCGACGUCGCCCUCAAGCUCGGUGCAUACAAGUCCUUCUCCGACCUCUCGCCUGUGCUCCAGUUCGCCAAUUUCACGGCCACUGAGGCGCUUCUCGACGAGAUCGCCUCAACAACUUCAUCUUGUAUCCGCAUCAUUGAUUUCGACCUUGGUGUUGGCGGCCAGUGGGCUUCCUUCUUGCAGGAGCUUGCACACCGCCGUGGAACUGGGAACAGCCCCCUGCCAAUGUUGAAGCUCACAGCCUUCGUCUCAAGUGCUUCCCACCACCCACUUGAGCUGCAUCUUACUCGGGAGAACCUCUCGCAAUUUGCAGUGGACCUUGGCAUUCCAUUUGAGUUCACUGCCAUCAAUCUCGAUGCAUUUGAUCCAGCGGAACUCAUUCCUCCUACUGCCGAUGAGGUUGUUGCUGUUUGCCUCCCUGUUGGUUGCUCUGCACGCACGCCACCACUUCCAAUGUUGCUUCAGUUGGUGAAACAGCUUGCUCCUAAGAUUGCCGUGGCUAUUGACCAUGGGAGUGACCGGGGUGACCUCCCAUUUUCACAGCACUUCAUGAAUUGCUUCCAGUCUUGUAUGUUGCUUCUCGACUCACUUGAUGCUGCUGGCACCAAUGCGGAUGCUGCCAGUAAGAUUGAGAGGUUUCUGAUCCAACCAAGAGUGGAGGAUGCUGUACUUGGGCGGCGGAUAGCUGAAAAAGCAAUGGCUUGGCGGGCAGUGUUUACAUCGGCCGGGUUUGCUCCAGUGCCGCUCAGCAACCUUGCAGAAGCACAAGCUGACUGCCUCUUGAAGCGGGUGCAAGUCCGAGGAUUCCAUGUGGAGAAGUGUGGAAUGGGUCUAGCACUCUACUGGCAGCGCGGCGAGCUUGUGUCUGUCUCGGCAUGGCGGUGCUGA